AUGGUGUCUUUUCUGUCGCUGUUUUCCAGGGGUCGGAGAGCGACCCAGGACGUGACUGGUGAUACGAUGAACGCUACGCCUCAGGAUUCGCUGAAGUCACGACCCCAGCCUUCAAAAGAACACAUGGCAGAUGAUUCAAUCAGAAAGGAACCACCGAGCUAUCAUGAUUCCCAGUACUCUUCGUCAAAAGCUCUACCUCCUGCUCAAGGGUCUGCUGGUGUACCAGAAACGAACCCACCCCCUUAUCACAACUGGCAGGAUGCAGUACCUGAUACAAGCACGUUCCCACCAGCACCAGUGAUAAGUUACUUCAAUUCCGGCGCCGGGAAUGCAUCGAAUAGCGAUGCAGAGCGAGCUCAUGCAUUUUGUGAUAGCACGCCCCUUUGGAGACCCGUGAAGCCAUCUCCGGCAGUCCUUCAAUCUAUCCAGCAACAUGACCUUCGUCCUAUGUUGUCGACCGAGUUCCGCGGGCAAUUGUCACCCAUAUCUCCUGGUCGCUGGAAGGGCUCCACAAGAGACAUGAAUGGGGACUGCGUUGCCCUGACUCACUUGCCUCUCUAUUUCCCUGUUGAGGAUUCGCCCUUGGUGACAGGAAGAGCGAAGACUAUUUACUUUGAAAUCACACUGCUAGGGCUCAGAGACGGACCUGGGGCAGCCGAUUCCAGCGGAUUUUCAAUUGGCUUUGUGGCACAACCAUAUCCUUCCUGGAGGUCCCCUGGAUGGGAGAGAGGGAGUCUCGGAGUUUUCUCUGAUGACGGAUGUCGGUUUGUAAAUGACUCAUAUGGCGGACGGCAUUUCACACAUGAGUUCCAAGUGGGCGAGACUGUUGGCUUGGAGAUGACGUUUUCUCUCUCAAACAAGGUGAUCACAAAAUAUGUGGGAAAGAAGCUGAUUGUGGAUGUUUUUUUCACUCGCAAUGGCCGCCGUGAUGGAGGCUGGAACCUCCAUGAGCAAGUCGAUGCAGAAGCUGGGAGUGUUGAGGGCCUGGAGGGUGAUUAUGAUCUUUACGGAGCCGUAGGAUUGUUUGGAGGCGUUGACUUCACAGUCUGCUUUGACCCUACAGGAUGGCUAUGGAGACCUACGUGA